AUGACGACAAAGGAAAAGGAGCUCGACACAACCGGCCUACUCCCCCCGUUCCAAGGCGAAAAGAAGGUGGAAAUCAUCGAGACGCCGGACACGACGAUGGUGACCAUCAUCUUGCACGAGGAGGACCACACGAUGGGCAACUCGUUGAAGCACAUCCUCUGCAGCAUGCCCGACGUCGAAUUUUGCGGCUACAACGUGCCCCACCCGCUGGAGGACAAGAUUCUGCUGCGCGUGCAGACGAAGAACGGCGUGCCGGCGAGACGGAUCCUCGUCGACGCGUUUAACCAUUUGGAGACCAUCUUCACGCAGAUUGGGAAAAUGUUCGAGACUGCCUACGCGAAGAAA